UGCAAAAACACAAAUGCCAAAACAAUUACCUGAGAAUACAAAGUAGUAUCAAUCAGAUUUCAAACUAAGACUUGCAGAGAUGGGAGACCAGGCAGAGAUUGACAGAAUCUUCAACAAAUUUGACAUCAAUGGUGAUGGUAAGAUAUCAUCUUCUGAGCUAGGUGAAGCUUUGAAAACCUUAGGAUCAGCUUCAGCAGACGAGAUUCAGCGAAUGAUGGCUGAGAUCGAUACAGACGGUGACGGAUUCAUCUCUAAAGAUGAAUUUGCCGCGUUUUAUCGUGCCAAUGGUGGUUUAAUGAAAGACAUUGCAAAGAUCUUCUAAGUAUGGUGUUUGAAUAUAUCACUCUCACCAUCCAUGUAUGCUACUUAUCUUCAUAUUGAUGUAGCUUUACAACAAUGUGCAAGGUACAGUGUUUAUUAUUACAUUUGUUGUUCAUCAUAAAAUGUUUCUUUUUAUUAUGUCAAGGCAUUUGCUUUUGUAACCUUGGAUAACAAAGAUUUUAGUUUCUGGUUUGAAUGAAGUUUCCCUAAAGGAUAUUCAUUUA